CUUUGCGGGUAAACAGACAUGGCUGACGAGGGAGAGCCUCAGGACGCUGCGCACAACAUGGGCAACCACCUGCCGCUCCUGCCCGCAGAGAGUGAAGAUGAUGAAAUGGAAGUUGAAGACCAGGAUAGCAAAGAACUCAAAAAACCAAACAUAAAUUUUGACACGAGUCUGCCAACCUCACAUACAUACCUGGGUGCGGACAUGGAAGAGUUCCAUGGUAGGACCCUGCACGAUGAUGACAGCUGUCAGGUGAUUCCAGUUCUGCCCCAGGUGAUGAUGAUCCUGAUUCCUGGGCAAACUCUACCUCUGCGGCUUUUUAGCCCUCAAGAAGUCAGUAUGGUGCGGAAUUUAAUUCAAAAAGAUAGAACUUUUGCUGUUCUUGCAUACAGUAAUAUACAGGAAAGGGAAGCACAGUUUGGAACAACAGCAGAGAUAUAUGCCUACAGAGAAGAGCAAGACUUUGGAAUUGAAAUAGUGAAAGUAAAAGCCAUUGGAAGACAGAGGUUCAAAGUCCUUGAGCUAAGAACACAGUCAGAUGGAAUCCAGCAAGCUAAAGUGCAAAUUCUUCCUGAAUGUGUAUUGCCUUCAACUAUGUCUGCAGUUCAGUUAGAAUCCCUCAAUAAAUGCCAGAUAUUUCCUUCAAAACCUGUCUCAUGGGAAGACCAGUAUUCAUGUAAAUGGUGGCAGAAAUACCAGAAGAGAAAGUUUCACUGUGCAAAUCUGACUUCGUGGCCUCGCUGGCUAUAUUCAUUAUACGAUGCUGAAACCUUAAUGGAUAGAAUUAAGAAACAGCUACGUGAAUGGGAUGAAAAUCUUAAAGAUGAUUCUCUUCCUUCAAAUCCAAUAGAUUUUUCUUACAGAGUAGCUGCUUGCCUUCCUAUUGAUGAUGUCUUAAGAAUUCAACUACUUAAAAUUGGUAGUGCUAUCCAACGACUUCGCUGUGAAUUAGACAUUAUGAAUAAAUGUACUUCCCUUUGCUGUAAACAAUGUCAAGAAACAGAAAUAACAACCAAAAAUGAAAUAUUCAGUUUAUCCUUGUGUGGGCCAAUGGCUGCUUAUGUGAACCCUCAUGGAUAUGUUCAUGAAACGCUUACCGUAUAUAAAGCUUGCAACUUGAAUCUGACAAGCCGGCCUUCUACAGAGCACAGUUGGUUUCCUGGGUAUGCCUGGACUGUUGCCCAGUGUAGGAUCUGUGCAAGCCAUAUUGGAUGGAAAUUUACAGCUACCAAGAAGGACAUGUCACCUCAAAAAUUCUGGGGUUUGACUCGAUCUGCUUUGUUGCCCACAAUCCCAGACACUGAUGAUGAAUUAAGCCCAGACAAAAUUUACUCCAGAUGGAUUCCAGGGAGUCCUCUUCAGUAGCACAGGGCGAAACUCUGCACACACUGAAAUCUAAACCAGGAUGCAGGUGAGAAAAUUACAGCUUCUACCUUUAUAACCAAAAAAGUACAAUUUCAGAACAUUUUAUACUGUUUAUUAAUGUGAUAAAGGCAGAUCUCUAAAACAGCUAAAUCUGCAUACUUGUACAAAAUAGCAAUUAUGUGACACUGGGUCUAAAUAGUUCAGUGUUGUAUGAUAUACUUACUGACCUGUGCGAAGCUGUUUCUGAGGCUCUCUUUCUUGUAAGUCUGUCUCACUUUUGUUGGGCUUUAGCAGAAACAAGUGUUUUCAAAACUUGUUUUACCAAGGUCCAAAAAUGGGUAUUUGCCCAUAAAGUAAAAAGAUGCUAUGACUGGCUAUGCAGAAAUGAAAAAUCAAGUAUAAAAGGUCAAUAUAGGAGCUGAAACACAACUUUCAAAUAGUAAAAGUAGUUAAUGUUCACUUUAAAGAAAUUGGCUAACCAUGACUCCUGAUACUAUGAACAGUAACUCCUGCACACAUUUACUUUUCCAAACCAAAGGAAAAGUUUUAUUUAAAUGACUAUCUAGAGAGUAAUCCUCAAUUUAAUCCUGUAACUUCACCAGGCUUUACAUGUAUAGGUAAAGAACCUUGUGACAGGAGUAUCAGCCACUCAGGAUAUUGUUAUUCAUAUUUUAAUGCAAAUCUGUCAACUUUUUUUUCAGGCACAAGUUACAUUUGGGAUUCA